GUCGUGGUGUUGGAAAUCGGACGACAUGAGCUGUACAUGAACCGUGUAAAAUGCUUUAAGACGCUUUCGGCGUUUGUCUUUCAUCCGUCUAAAACCAAGGACGAGCCUGAAGCGGAGCUACAUACUUCACAACCAGGUGUAACACUGUCUCAAGCCUGAGGGGGGCAGAAUGCCGGAGCAGAGCAACGACUAUCGUGUGGUGGUGUUUGGAGCAGGGGGAGUGGGGAAGAGCUCCUUGGUCCUCCGCUUCGUGAAGGGCACCUUCAGGGACACUUACAUCCCCACGGUAGAGGACACCUACCGUCAGGUGAUCAGCUGUGACAAGAGCGUGUGCACCCUCCAGAUCACCGACACCACGGGGAGCCAUCAGUUCCCGGCCAUGCAGCGCCUGUCCAUCUCCAAAGGCCACGCCUUCAUUCUGGUCUACUCCAUCACCAGCAAACAGUCCCUGGAGGAGCUUAAACCCAUUUACCAACAGGUUUUAGCCAUAAAGGGCAACGUCGAGGCAAUCCCCAUCAUGCUUGUGGGCAACAAGAGUGACGAGACCCUGCGCGAGGUGGAGACUAAGGACGGGGAGGCCCAGGCUAACCAGUGGAAGUGCGCCUUCAUGGAGACAUCAGCCAAGACCAACCACAACGUCACCGAGCUCUUCCAGGAGCUCCUCAACCUGGACAAGAAGAGGAACAUGAGCCUCAACAUCGACGGCAAGCGCUCAGGGAAGCAGUCUCGUGCUGAGAGACUGAAGGGCAAAUGCAGUGUGAUGUAAAAACCAGGAGAGGAGGAGGAAGUGGAGGAGGAGACGGGAAGUGGAUAAGAGAGGAAAUAAGGAGAGAAAGAAAGAAAAAGAGGAAAGCAUAGAGAGACUUGAGAACUCAGAAAUCUCAUCUUCACAUCCUCCUCUGAUAGACUGGUGCAUUCACAAACACGAUUUAGCAGUUAUUUUAAAAACAAACAGGAUUUCAGUUUGGAGUUUUACAUCCAUUUGCAUACUGCCAAAGGAGAAAUGAGGCAGACUGAUGCAGAAUAUGGAGAAGCGAUGGUCAUUUUCCUGUCUUGGACGUGGAAUCCUGCAUCAUCUUUGUGUCACAAACUUGGUGUAGGAGCUCAUCAAGGCCUCGGACUGCAUUAAAGAUCACAAUCUGCAGCAGCGCUUGAGUAAGAGUGGACAUCUCUGAUUUACAAAACAUAUAAUGUCCUCUCUCACUUGCACACCUCCCUCCCUUCCAACUCAUCUCACACUUACACUCCCUCUUCUCGUCAUCCCAGUGGCCUCAUCCUUUGCAUUCUAUAAAAAAUAGAGAAAUGUGAUGUGUGUGUAACAGAGUCAAUCUAAUUUUUAAGCUCACCUUUCUGGUAGAUACACUACUUCAAGAGACUGAUGUGUCCGUCACGCUACGAAGCACAGGACCCGGUGGUUUGAGACUGCUAGCAUGAGCGGCACGCAUUACAGCAGCAAAAUAUACAACUCGGCUACGGGCAAGCUCUGGAGCCACUCCUGAAGACUCUGAUGUAUAUAAAAUGGGAUAUUUCAACAUAUUCCAAAUGAUCCACACAUGCCAUAACCAAACUUUUCAGUCAGUCAAAGGAAGAGGUCGAAGGUGGCGGUGUUGAAUUCAUGGCUGGAGGACGAAUCUCAUCUUGACUGAAAGACUGAAAAACGUCCCAAUUCACCUAGCUGUCAGUAUGUUUAAAAACUCUAAACGAAGCUCAACGCAACAAUCCUUUUAAGACUCAUCUCAUCUGUAGAAUAACUCUGGAAUAAAAAGAUGUUGGACUCUCAUGAAAAACACAACACAGAAAUAAAAGUCUGCCUUGUCGACAAGGACAAUAUAAACGGAUAAUCAUUGCCAAGCUGGUAAGAGGAAAGUGAACCAGGAAGAUUUUCAUUUUCAUGCUCUAAGGUCAAGAAUGUCUGUUUGCUUUGGCACUUUUUCAUCAAACAUUUCUCUCUAUUUUGCCUUUUUCUAGUUUGUUUGCCUGAUACUGUCUUUUCUAAAUUCAUGUGAAAAAAAGAAAUCCACCUUAAACAAAAAGCACACAAAGAAAAUUAAGUAAAUAAGGGGAUGGAUGUAAAAAAAGGUCAUGCUACUUCUUCAAUAUUAUUGAGCCUGUAAGGGGACAUGGGCAGAAAAAAUAUUUUUAAAAGAUUAUCUUGAACAAACAAGAUACUGUCCAGAAAGUUUUCAUGCUCACAAGAAGGAAAUACAUUGAGAGAGAAAACUUUAGUGUUAAUGUGUGCACAGGAAAGUUUCUCUGGGGUGCAAAUGGCCUAGUGGCUACAUCAGGCAUUUGAAGAUCAAAUCAAAUCAACUUUAUUUGUAUAGCACAUUUCAUACAGGCGUAAACUCAAUGUGCUUUA